AAGAAUGUGCAGCGCAGAAACGUGCGCAAUAGGUGACUUUUCUGGCAUGAAUGAUGGAGGCGAACUGUUUUGAUGUAGUCUAGGGGCCAACAGACAUUUAUGUUGGGUCAAUACUCUUGUGUGGUCGACGUUUGCUGGUAUUCAAAAUAUCCGCUGCAUUUACAGAGAGUUGCAGGCUUGUUUAAUCGGAUAAACACAGAAGUAUUAGCCUAGCCUUUUUUCGUGUACUUGACGGCCUCGCUAACAUUCAGCUAAUAGCGUAAAGUUAAGUCAUUCCAUAGAUUUUUGUGUAUUUACAUCCCCUGAAAUCAGCAUUUUUCGGAUUGUAUCUGUUUAAAGGUUUUCUCACCUCUAUUCGACGUCAUCGGACAUCCACUGGAAAAUUACUAUCCAUGUCCACGAUUUUCAACGGACUAGCAGUAACUAAAACCAUCCGUAAACAAAAUGUCUUUAGUCGCUUAUGCCAGCAGUGAUGACAGUGAUUCAGAAGAGACCUCGACCACACCUGCACCACCGAGUAAGUUCAGCUCAACAGGACUCUUCUCACUCCUGCCCGCUCCCAAAAAGAGCGCAUCUGCACCUAGACACGAUAAUGGACCAAACACAGAGAUAAGAAUGAACCUGGCAACAGCGGCUUCCGUGUCAAAUGACGAGCUAGAAGCACCAAAAAGAGGCUUCUUCUCCAGCCUACCCAAGCCCAAAAAGAGAACAGAACCAGUCAAGAUCACUGUGCCACAGAUACAGAGGCGAGAUUCAGAUUCUGAUGAUGAUGACGUACCAGCAAAGAAGAAACUGCAAAGUCAGGGCUCAGGUCUUUCUGCUCUCCUGCCACAACCUAAAAACCUGACAGUAAAAGAGAUCGACAGACCACUGAUUCCUCAUGCACUCACCAAACGGCAAGAACCCAAAAAGCCUGCUACAUCCGCUCAGGGUCAGCAAGGAUCGAGUGCGUCUCCCUCAGCUAUCAAAGCUGCGGCAAAGUCGGCAGCCCUGCAGCUGGCCAGACAAAUAGCUGCUGACGACCAGGAUAAUGAAGACAUGACUCCACAGAACUACUUCUCUUUAGGGGAGAGCUCGCCGCCUCUUCCUGCAGCUGUACCAACUCUGGAUCCUCAGCCAUUAGCCCCUGUAGAGCCUGUUCCCAGCUCUGCUCCAACAUUGGCUGGUCAGUCAGAUGCCCCACUUGACUUUGGGUGCAACCAAGAGGGAGCUGAUAUGUGGGGCAACCAAUAUCCUUCAUAUCAGCAGCCAAUGGCAGGUCCAGAGGGUUGCCCUGAGGGUUACUAUAAUGAGGGGUAUUUCCAAGAUCCCAGCCUGCCAUCAACAGAUGAGUCUGAAGAUCCAGGUCCCUCAGCCAUGUUUGAUGAAGAAGGAUUCAUGCGGCUGCAAGGGAAAAGAAACAGAGGCAAAGAAGAAGUGAAGUUUCUGGAGAUCAAGGGAGAUGACCAGCUGAGUGGUAAUCAGCAAUGGAUGACCAAGAACUUAUCAGAGGAGAAGCAGACCCGACAGUCCUUCAGCAAGAAAAGGGGAGGACAACCUACAGGACAACAGCGACGGAAGCACCAGAUAACAUAUCUGAUCCAUCAGGCCAAGGAACGGGAGCUGGAGCUGAAGAACAGCUGGGCAGAAAACAAGUUAAGCCGUCGGCAGACCCAGGCCAAAUAUGGUUUCUAAACAUCUCUCUCUGGACCUAUGGUCACGCGUGGAAACACUGGAUCAGAAAGUGGAGAUUGACACGUUUUCCCUUAAAAUAAAAGGGAAAUUGAAUUUGUCCCGGGGGAAAAGAUACAAAAAGUUCCCUCUCCUUACCCUCCAUUAUACAUUUAUGUUGAACAGUGAUUUAACAUAGUUGCUUUGCUCAACUGUUUGCUAAGAUGUUAUUCCCAACAUUUAAACAAAAAUUCUACUCUGAUAGUAAAUAACAGGAGAACUUGCUCACCUACUUUGUAUAGUGUUGCUUCACCUCAGACAUGUACAGACUAUAGUAUUUUAGGGUAUACAGUGGGAGGAGCAGUGUGAUGCUGAAAGGGUCGUAACAAAUGCUUUGAAUGUGUUUACUUCCUUCUAUGAAAGGAGAACUCUGAUUGACCUCAACAUGAAGCCCUGUUGGUAGACUAUCUUCUUCUGAAUGAGCUGAAGUUGUCAUCAACCAUCACCACAACUCCCGCUAUGUAUGAUCAUGUGUGUUUACUUGUUCAUUAUGACCAUCACGUCUCUGAUCUCUGUUAACAGAGCUAUACGUGUUGAAAUCAACUGGAGUUCUCUGCUAAUGUUUGAUUGAGUUUUAUUUUUGCAAUGUCCUGUUAGAUCACCCUUGUUUCUUUACUGUAAUGUUGGUUAUAAUAAGAGUACCCUUGACAUACAUUCACACAUACCUCAUUGAAAGUUUUGUAAUAAUAAAAAACAAUCAUUUUAUGCUCUUUCAAGACAACUAACUGUAGAGUUUUUCAAAUCAAUGAACUCUUUUCAGCCCUGUGAUUAAAAACAUGAUGUUUUAGAGACAGGUUUUUUUCUAAUAGUUGCAACAUUAGUGAAGUGCUGUGUUGACUAAGGAAGGAACGUCACCAUGCAGAUGUUAUUAGAAAUUAUAUUGUCUAUUUUCCCAUAAAUAGGACUGAAAUGUUCAAAAGUGACAUUGUGUUCCACUUAGAAAGAUCUGAGCCUAUAUAUGGGGAUCAUUCAUUCUUAAUGCAUAAUCACAAUCAAAUGACUGGGGUGAUAGUUAGAGACUGUUCCUGCAGAGCUUGGGUGAAAUCUGAAAAUAUUUAAAAUCUAGUGACAUGUUCCCUCUUUUUUCCCCCCAUAGAGUCAUUUAUACAGAGUAAAACAUAAAAUUUGUUUUUUUUCCUACAGCUUUCCCAUGCAAUAAAUUAGGAUGGCUAGUCUCUUUUAUCAGUUUAUGUUUGAUCCAGUGUUAGCUGAUUCUGGGCUCAAGUUAGGGUUAAGUACUGUAUCUGCUCGUGGCUCAUCUACGGCCAGAACCUUUCAAAUGGCUGAAGAACCUUGUUGUGAGAGGAAAUGUCUCAUCAGUUCAAAAAUACUGGAAAAGACUUUUGUUUUAUAGUUUUGUUAUCAGUGUUGUGUAGUUUAAAAUGAUGAAUAAAGCUUUUCCUUUUCUGCU